AGUGAUGGUGGCGGUGCGUGAACGCGCAGUAGCAGUAAUGGCUGCCCUGGAUCGGCGGGUCCCCAGUCUCGAUGAUUUUGUGGGUCAAAGCUGGAGUUCCUGGGUAGAAAGAGCAAAUGUUUUCGUGUCGGAUGCUGGAUCUGAUGCAGAGGAGUGCAGCAAGAAUGGGAAGAAAAAGAUGGAUACCAUGACACUGCAGAGGGAGGAUAUGUCAGUGUUCGGACAGUGCCCGGCGCAGGAUGAUUUCUACCUGGUGGUGUGCAGCCACUGCGGACAGGUGGUGAAGCCGCAGGCCUUCGAGAAGCACUGCGAAAGACGACACGGGCCCCUCUGCAAGCCGCACGGCCGCCUCCACGCCCCCCUGCAGCGGCCCCGGCCGCCAUCCGCUCACGGGACGUCCCACGCGGCACGGGACGGCAGGCACCAGGGGGCGGGACCCCCUCGUGCCCCGCCGCAGCCCCUCCUGACUGCACCCCAGUACAGACACGGCAAGGCCCAGGAGGUGGCUGCUGGGGUGUCCCAGGCGGCCCCUCCCAGCAACUGCAAUAUCAAGCAGCCCCCCCCUUCGGACUCGCCACCGGAGUCCCCGGCCCCCAGCCUCAGGGACCCCCCCUGGCCACACGGGGGCACUCCGCCCGGCACCACACCCCCUUCGGAGAAACCCCUCCAGCGCCGGGGGGAGCCGGGGCGCUCCCCCAACCUCCUGGCCCCUCUCCGCGGACCCAGAACCUACAAGAAAGUGUCCAGGAAAGAAUGUGAUCUGGACAAGCACUGUGGGGUGCUGGACCCAGAGAGGAAGAUGCUGUGUACCCGGCUGCUGACUUGCAAUAUCCACUCCAUCCAUCAGCGACGCAAGGUGCUGGGAAGAAGCAAGAACUUUGACCAGCUGGUCGCGGAGCUGAAGAUGGGGUCCAAGGCCCGGGAGUGGUCCGCCCAAUCCCGGGAGGGGGCGGAGGCCUGCCUGCCCGCCCCCGAGCCUUCCGGGGACAAAACGGGGCCCCCGCACUGCAGAAGGCAACUCGGCAAAAGCACAGUGUUCAGUGGCUGCAGGUCCAGGACGUCCUCGGAGAGCGCCCCUGAGGAGGAGAGGGCUCGCCCGGAGGACCAGGAAGCCCAGCCCCUUUCGCCUCCUGCCCACAGCCGACUCUCAAGCGAGGAGAGCGAGGGGGAGGGACAGGAGGAGCCCCCCGACUGGCACUCCACCCCGGCGCACCCCAAACCACUGGCGCUCUGUUCCUUCGGCAGCCACGCCAUUGGCCGCGGCGUUUUCACCUUCGACCGACGGUUGCACCACCUGCGGUCUGCUGUGAGUGCCAUGGUGGAGCGGCACCUCAGUGCCCACCUGUGGAGGAAAAUGCCUCAAGCGACAGACGCCAAGUCCCAGCGCACAUCAGUCAGGCCUUCGGUCACUGCCAGCACUGACUACAUUUCCCAGCAUUCCACAGUCAGCACUGCCAGAGGGGUGGGAAAUCACAGCGCUUCCUCCUUCAGGACUUCCUCCUCCAAUGGGGGUGGGAAGGAGGUGCGUCCGCAGAACUGCUCCCCGAGCCCUGGCACGGCUUGCGGCCCUUCCGAAAGCACAGGAGGCGGCCGUCCAAUCGCGUCCCCCGUCCCUGCCAACGCCCCCUCGCCCUCGGGCGUGGGCCCCCGCCCCCGUAACCCCGUGGGCCGGCCCAGCAAGCAGCAGACACGCCUCAGGCAGGCGGAGCACGGCGCCCCGUCCCGCAAGAGGAGGGCGUCCCCUCACGAGGACGGCUCGCCCCGCCACGAGCGGAGCGCUGGCACCCCCGUACCGCAGGGGCCGGGUCGGCUGCCCGUUUCGGGCAGGACGGCCCCCUCCCCUCACGGACCAAUCAACGGCUCUCUCUCGCCCGGACACAGACCGCGGACGCAGGCAGAGCCUCGUUCGCCCUCCCCCGGGCUGUUCAAGCGCGCCCCCCCUCCUGUCCGUCUGUCCCCCGACCCCGCCUCUCGAGGCCGGGGGGGUGACUCCGGGGUGCACAGCAAGGCCGUCAGCUACGACCACAAGGGCCUGGGCAGGACGUGCAAAGGCGGCGGUCCCUCGCCCCCCAAAAUUCACAGGAUGCCUUCUUCCUCUCACUCCGGCUUCUUCUCCUGGAAGAAGGACGGUACGGGGGGAGCGCUCUCCACAGGCCUGGAGAAGAAGCUCGGCACGCAGAAGCCAAAACUGCACCACUAAGAGUGCCUGCCUUACGAGACACCAGGAGUAGAAGCCUGCGGCAGUCUACUGCCACUGACUGAGGACACGGGACCACAGAAGAGUGUUUACGCCUGAGUGCUGAAGUCCUGUGUGUGCGCGUGCGUGUGUGUGUGUGUGUGCGUGACUGACAAACGGAUGCGUGAUCGCCUGCGUUUGUAAAAAUCGAAAUACCUCAAGACCUACCCGUGAUGCUGCUAAACAGAAGAAAAUGAAUUGAUAUAUGAGAAUGGAUUAAAAUAUCCUCAACACC